AUGAGGCAACUCGAACAACUAUCUCCAUCAAUGAGGCAUGAGUUGGAAGCAGUGGGAAGACAUAAGUGGGUCAGGGCAUUUUUUAGGAGAAAAAGAUACCAAGUUAUUACAACCAACAUCUCUGAAAGUAUGAACUCUACCUUGAAAGAACAACGAGAAUUGCCUAUAUAUCCUGUAGACCAACAUGAAUUUGAAGUCCACCAUCGUAAGGAACAAUUUGUCGUCAAUAUUUUAAAUCGAACAUGUUCAUGUCGUCAAUGGGACCUUGAUUUGAUCCCUUGUUCACAUGCAUGUAUAGCAUUGUCCACAAGGAAUCUUAAUCUUCAUUUAUACACUGAUAAGUUGUACUAUGUCUCAAAUUUAAUAAACUUGUACAAGAAGGGGAUGCGUCCUAUUGGUACUGUAAACCAAAUUAGGAAUACCCACCAAGGUGGCAAUGAUGGAAUACUUCCACCGCAGGUUAAACGUGCAGCUGGAAGACCUAAAAAGAAGAGGUUUACUUCAUUUUUAGAGAAGAAAGCCUCUGUUCGUUGUAGCGGGUGUGGUAAAAAAGGUCACAAUUGCAGGUCCUGUAAAGAACCCAUUUAG